UUUGUUUCAUGCAUUACGUUAGUACAAGGGAUCCAUAAACCUUAACCUAUAUGAAAUUCAACCACCGUUUGAAUGAUUUGGCUAUAUUCAUGAGACCAAAUCCUGUCUCGUUUUCUUAUGUAAUUUGAUAUUUUUAAUAAAUAAAUCUAAUUUAGUUAGUUUAUAGUAUACAUAUAGUUUUUUUUUUUUAGUAUACAUAUAGUUUAUAAUUAUUUAGAUGUGAAAAAGACACAUAACCAGUGCCCAGGAAAGUCCUUUUCUCAACUUUAAUAUAGUUUAGUAGGGUCGAUGGUACUGCUCAUAAGGCUUAUCCAUUUCAGUUGCUAUCCAACAUUCUCCAAGAUUAAAAAGUAGUAUGUAACUAUGUAAGUACAACAUUGUGUAUCGUUAGCCCUUUUAUAAAUAAACAACUGUGUAUUAUCUUUAGGGUGUUAGAUUAAUUUGAAGGAGGAUAAGAUUAUACUACCAUUGUACGUGAUUAAUAAAACAAAUUAAGAUACAUGGAAACAUAAGUUAUUUCGCGGUAACUUUACAGUUUUACACAGCUGAUAAUUUGCUUUAAUCGACAAAGUCACGAGGGAACACAUACUCUGUUCUGUAAUUACAGCGCUAAUUACAUAAACUAGUAAAAUAGUAUAUGAUUUGAGCGGGACCCAUUGUUAUGAGAGCGAAGAAGAACCAACUCUGUUUCUCUCUCUCUGGCUAACAAUUCAUGAAUCAAUAAUAAUCACGCAUCAUAACCAACUUCUUCUCCAGCAUCAUCAUCAAUGUACAAUUUCCAUUCAUCUCAUCUUCCUGGCCUAUCUUUCAAAAGUUUAAAACCCAUUUUCCCCUAACUUCUUUCUAAUUUUCUGUUACUUUUUUUCCCGGGAAAUUUUUUCUCUCUUUUUUUUUUUCUCUGUUAUGAUCAUUACUUGUUAGGUUUCGUUAGCGCCGAUCUCGUUCGUUUUCCCUUUUUCUUUCCUUCUUCCCAUCGCAGACCUAAGUAAACCCUAGAAUCUCUUCUUCACUUUUACAAAGGUUUUAAUCAUUCAAAAACUAUGUCUAGGGUUCACUAGGUCAAGUUUUAGAAUCGCUCCUUGUCUUCUCUAAUCAUAUGGCGUACUCGCACUCUCCUUUUGGUGAUACUACCUUCACCAAGGUCUUCGUUGGUGGCCUUGCCUGGGAGACUCAGAGCGGCACUCUUCUUCGCCAUUUCGAACCCUAUGGUGCGAUCCUUGAGGCGGUCGUUAUUUACGAUAACAACACUGGUCGAUCCAAAGGUUACGGCUUUGUGACUUUCCGAGAUCCAGAGGCUGCUAGGAGAGCUUGUGUUGACCCAGCACCUAUUAUAGAUGGCAGGCGUGCAAAUUGUAAUCUAGCUUCCCUUGGGAGACCUCGGCUUCCCAUGCAAUAUUCGGUGAUACCUGGACGGAUGAGACCUGCUUCCCCAUAUGUUGGAGGACAUCCGUAUCAGCAACCAGUUGCUUAUAGCUACCAGCAAGGAGUUAUGUACCCUUAUGGGGCUACACCAUAUGGACCUGAGUACAUUUACUCACAGUCUCAUGGCUUGUAUGGUCCUUACACUGCGCAACAACAGUACCUUCAGGUUUAUGGAGUACCUGGGGCUGUUAACUCACCUGGCUACCAAUAUAGGCAAUUUAGUCAAAACAUCCCCGCUGGUCACAAUUAUACAGCGGUACAGGGCUAUUCAGUUCCAGGAAGUCAUAUUCAAUCUCCCUACCCUUCAGUUAUAGCAGGUCCUUCCCCAACACAGUCCCAUAUUAUUGUUCGGACUUCUCAACAUAUGCAAAGAAGCAGUUCUGAUCAAACAACAGGGUGAAAACUAUACAUAAAAGAAUCAUAAUCUGAUUCUUUUGAACUAGUCUUGCUACUAGACACUUUCUAAGGCACAGGACUGUUGAUAAGAAGAUUGUUACUGGUUAGUGUAGCUUUCUAUGCCCUCUUGAGUCGAGUCCUCUGCAUUGUAAAUAAGAUAAAUGUCUACUGAGCUCACUCACUUGUUCUCUGUGCAUAUAUAUAUAGCUCCAGGGGCUCUUCUCUUUCCAUAUCUGUACAGAACAGUUCCUAGACUGAGAAAUUGUUAUUUCAGAAAUCAUCCCUUUAUUGUUACCAUU